UCUUGGCUUAAGGGUGUGCUGAGUAGACCAGCCGUUGUGGACAAAAGGCUGACCCCCGUUUUCGCGUUUUUGGCCGCGUGCCGAGAGGCGAAGGUCGAUCAUGUUCAACUUCCCGGGACAAGGUGGUGUCCCACCCGGCAUGGGAAGCCACAGUUUGGCCAUCAACCCCUUUGCGCUGCCACCCGGCAUGCCUGGGAUGCAGCAGCAACAACAGCAGCAAAUGGCACAGGCUGCUGCCCGCCUCCCACAGCAGCCACCACCUGCCCCAGAACCGCCCAAGCCGGCGGCCUCCAACAAGACCCAAGAGGAGCUUUUGGAUGAGAAGGCACGAAAGUGGCAGUCGUUGAAUGCCAAACGUUAUGGCGAGAAACGAAAGUUUGGCGUCGUGGAGCAGCAGAAGGAGGAAAUGCCACCAGAGCAUAUCCGAAAGAUCAUCAAGGAUCACGGAGAUAUGACGGCGCGCAAGUUCCGCCACGAUAAGCGUAUCUACCUGGGCGCCCUGAAGUAUCUGCCGCAUGCCGUGUACAAGCUCUUGGAGAACACCCCCGUGCCUUGGCAGCAGAUCCGCAACUGCCGCACCGUGUACCACUGCAGCGGCGCCAUCACCUUCUGCGCGGAGCUUCAGAAGGUCAUUGAACCUGUGUUCCUGGCCCAGUGGGGAACGAUGUGGAUCAUGAUGCGACGUGAGAAGCGCGAUCGGCGCCACUUCAAGCGCAUGCGCUUCCCGCCCUUCGAUGACGAGGAGCCGCCGCUGGACUAUGGCGACAACGUGCUGGACGUGGAGCCGUUGGAGGCCAUCCAGAUGAGGUUGGACCCGGUCGAGGAUGAGCCCGUGCUGGAAUGGUUCUAUGAACCUGUGCCAUUGCUGAACUCCAAGCAUGUGAACGGAACCAGCUACCGCAAGUGGCAUUUGAGCUUGGCGCAGCAAGGUGUGCUGUACCGUUUAUCCAAUCAGCUGCUCUCCGAUUUGAUGGACAAGAACUACUUCUACCUCUUCGAGCGAAAGUCCUUCUACACCGCGAAGGCUUUGAACAUGGCCAUCCCAGGUGGUCCUAAGUUCGAGCCCCUGUACCGCGACAUGUACGAUGAGGACGAGGAUUGGAACGAGUUCAACGACAUCAACAAGAUCAUCGUGCGGCAGCAGUUGCGUACGGAGUAUCGCAUUGCCUUCCCGUUCCUGUACAACUCUCGGCCGCGCAAGGUUCACAUGGCGCCGUACCACAACCAGUCCGUGUGCUACAUCAAAGCCGAUGACCCUGAUCUGCCGGCCUUCUACUACGAUCCUAUCAUCAAUCCGCUCCCGGCGUACCGCGCGGUGUCGCAUCGCUCGCAAGAUCAGUCCGCAGAGGAUGAUGAGGAGAUCGAGAACUUCAAACUUCCGGAGGAAUGCAAGCCACUGUUGGAAGACACCCCGCUGUUCACCGACAGCACGGCCAAUGGUAUCACCCUCUUCUGGGCUCCACGACCCUUCAACCUGCGCAGUGGAUACAUGCGAAGGGCACAGGAUGUUCCUUUGGUGGGUCAGUGGUACAAGGAGCAUUGCCCCUCCAACUACCCAGUGAAGGUGCGCGUGUCGUACCAGAAGUUGCUGAAAGUGUGGGUGCUGAAUCAGUUGCAUCAUCGACCUCCCAAGACAUUGAACAAGCGCAACUUGAUGAACAUUUUCGCCACCACCAAGUUCUUCCAACGCACUGAGUUGGAUUGGGUGGAGAUUGGUUUGCAGGUCUGUCGUCAGGGCUACAACAUGUUGAACCUGUUGAUUGCGCGCAAGAACUUGAACUUCUUGCACUUGGACUACAACUUCAACCUGAAGCCGGUGAAGACCUUGACCACCAAGGAGCGCAAGAAGUCGCGCUUCGGCAACGCCUUCCAUCUCUGUCGUGAGAUCAUGCGUUUGACGAAGCUGGUGGUGGAUUCGCACGUACAGUUCCGCCUGGGCAAUGUGGAUGCCUUCCAGCUGGCAGAUGGUUUGCAGUACAUCUUCGCCCACGUGGGUCAGCUGACGGGUAUGUACCGCUACAAGUACCGCCUCAUGCGACAGGUGCGAAUGUGUAAGGACUUGAAGCACCUCAUCUACUACCGUUUCAACACGGGUCCCGUGGGCAAGGGCCCGGGCUGCGGAUUUUGGGCGCCGGGCUGGCGUGUGUGGCUCUUCUUCUUGCGAGGAGUGGUGCCCCUGUUGGAGCGGUGGCUGGGCAACCUGUUGGCCAGGCAGUUUGAGGGCCGAGUCAGCAAAGGUGUGGCGAAGACCAUCACCAAGCAGCGCGUGGAGAGUCACUUUGACCUGGAGCUGCGUGCCGCGGUGAUGCAUGACAUCAUUGAUAUGAUGCCUGAGGGUGUGCGAGCAAACAAGGCGCGCACCAUCCUGCAGCACUUGUCCGAAGCCUGGAGAUGUUGGAAGGCCAACAUCCCCUGGAAGGUGCCUGGCUUGCCGGCACCCAUUGAGAACAUGAUCCUGCGCUACGUGAAGUCCAAGGCUGAUUGGUGGACCAACGCCACCUACUACAACCGAGAGCGAAUCCGACGUGGUGCCACGGUUGACAAGACCACCUGUAAGAAGAACCUGGGCCGACUGACACGGCUGUGGUUGAAGGCAGAACAAGAAAGACAGCACAACUACCUGAAGGAUGGACCGUACGUGAGUGGAGAGGAGGCUGUGGCCAUCUACACCACGACAGUUCACUGGUUGGAGAGUCGAAAAUUCACUCCCAUUCCCUUCCCACCCUUGAACUACAAGCACGACACCAAGCUGCUCAUUUUGGCGUUGGAGCGGCUCAAGGAACAGUACACAGUGCAGACGCGCUUGAAUCAGCAACAGCGAGAGGAGUUGGGUCUGGUGGAGCAGGCCUACGACAACCCCCACGAGGCGCUGAGUCGCAUCAAGCGGCACCUGCUGACGCAGCGCGCCUUCAAGGAGGUGACCAUCGAGUUCCAGGACAUGUACUCGCACCUGGUGCCCUGCUAUGAGAUCGAACCUUUGGAGAAGAUCACCGAUGCCUACCUGGAUCAGUACCUCUGGUACGAGGGUGAUCAUCGACACCUCUUCCCCAACUGGGUGAAGCCGGCCGAUACCGAGCCAGCCCCGCUGUUGGUCUACAAGUGGUGCCAGGGUGUGAACAACUUGACGGAUGUUUGGGACACCUCAGAUGGACAGUGCGUGGUGGUGCUAGAGAGCAAGUUCGAGAACGUUUCACAGAAGGUCGACUUGACCCUGCUGAAUCGCUUGCUGCGGCUCAUUGUGGAUCACAACAUCGCAGAUUACAUGACUGCGAAGAACAACAUUGUGAUCAACUAUAAGGACAUGAACCACACGAACUCCUACGGCCUCAUCAAGGGACUGCAGUUCGGCUCCUUCGUCUUCCAGUACUACUGCAUGGUGCUGGACCUGCUGAUGCUGGGUCUGACGCGAGCCUCAGAGAUCGCAGGACCCCCACAGCUGCCCAAUGAGUUCCUGACCUUCCAAGAUGUGGACACCGAAAUGAGGCAUCCCAUCAGGUUGUACUGCCGCUACUUGGAUCGGUUCAUCAUGGUCUUCCGCUUCAACAAGGAAGACUCCAAAGAUCUGAUCCAGAGGUUCCUGACGGAGAACCCAGAUCCCAACAACGAGAACGUGGUGGGCUAUACCAACAAGAUGUGCUGGCCUCGCGAUUGCCGCAUGCGACGCAUGAAACACGAUGUCAACCUCGGAAGGGCGGUCUUCUGGGAGAUGCAAAACCGGCUGCCGCGCAGUGUGACCACAUUAGUCUGGGACAACUCCUUCGCGUCGGUGUAUUCCAAGGACAAUCCCAACAUCCUCUUCAACAUGUGCGGCUUCGAAGUCCGAAUUCUGCCAAAGAUCCGAACUUUCCAGGAAGAGUUCACGCAGCGUGAGGGUGUGUGGAAGUUGCAGAACGAUGCUACCAAGGAGAUGACGGCGCAGGCCUUCUUGAAGGUCGACAACGAAUCUCAGAAGCAGUUCGAAAACAGGUGCCGUACAAUUCUCAUGGCGUCCGGGUCAACGACCUUCACGAAGAUUGCCAACAAGUGGAACACCAACCUGAUCGGCAUGAUGACCUACUUCCGAGAGGCAGUGAUCCACACCGAUGCCCUGCUGGAUUUGUUGGUCAAGUGCGAAAACAAGGUGCAGACGCGCAUCAAGAUUGGCUUGAACUCCAAGAUGCCCUCGCGCUUCCCCCCGGUGGUCUUCUACACCCCCAAGGAGUUGGGCGGAUUGGGUAUGCUGAGUAUGGGUCACAUUUUGAUCCCGCAGUCUGACUUGCGAUACUCCAAGCAGACAGAGACGGGCAUCACACACUACCGCAGUGGACUGAGCCAUGAGGAAGAUCAGCUGAUCCCCAACCUCUACAGAUACGUCCAGACCUGGGAGGCCGAGUUCGUGGAUUCCCAGCGCGUCUGGGCGGAGUACGCCCUGAAGCGACAGGAGGCCACCGCGCAGAACCGACGCCUGACCUUGGAGGAUUUGGAGGAUGCAUGGGAUCGAGGAAUUCCUCGAAUCAACACGCUCUUCCAGAAGGAUCGACAUACCUUGGCUUUCGACAAGGGCUGGCGUGUCCGCCAAGACUUCAAGCAGUACAACAUCAUGCGACAGAACCCCUUCUGGUGGACCCAUCAACGCCACGAUGGGAAGCUGUGGAACCUCAACAACUACCGUACCGACAUGAUCCAAGCGCUGGGAGGUGUUGAGGGUAUUCUGGAGCACACCUUGUUUAAGGGCACCUACUUCCCGACCUGGGAGGGUCUCUUCUGGGAGAAGGCUAGUGGCUUUGAAGAAUCCAUGAGAUUCAAGAAGCUCACCAACGCCCAACGCAGCGGUUUGAAUCAAAUCCCGAAUCGACGCUUCACACUGUGGUGGUCGCCCACCAUCAACCGAGCCAACGUGUAUGUGGGCUUCCAGGUGCAGUUGGAUCUGACUGGAAUCUUCAUGCAUGGCAAGAUCCCCACUUUGAAGAUCUCGCUGAUCCAAAUCUUCCGGGCCCACUUGUGGCAGAAGAUCCAUGAGAGUAUCGUCAUGGAUCUGUGUCAGGUCUUUGAUCUGGAAUUGGAUGCGCUGGAGAUUGAGAUGGUGCAAAAGGAAACGAUUCACCCGCGCAAGAGUUACAAGAUGAACUCCAGCUGUGCGGAUGUGUUGCUCUUCGCUUCCUACAAGUGGGCCGUGUCCAAGCCAUCUUUGCUCACGGAGUCCAAGGACGGCUUCGAUGGCACGACCACCACCAAGUACUGGAUCGAUGUGCAGUUGCGCUGGGGUGACUACGAUUCCCACGAUAUUGAGCGAUACUGCCGUGCCAAGUUCUUGGACUACACCACAGACAACAUGUCUAUCUACCCAUCCCCCACGGGGGUGCUGAUGGGGGUGGACUUGGCCUACAACCUGCACAGUGGCUUCGGCAAUUGGUUCCCAGGAGUCAAGCCCCUGCUGCAUCGAUCCAUGAACAAGAUCAUGAAGGCCAAUCCCGCAUUGUACGUGCUGCGGGAGCGCAUCCGCAAGGGUCUUCAGCUCUACAGCAGUGAGCCCACAGAGCCAUAUCUGAAUUCCCAGAACUACGGAGAGCUCUUCAGUUCGCAGAUCAUUUGGUUCGUGGAUGACACCAACGUGUAUCGCGUCACGAUCCACAAGACCUUUGAGGGUAACUUGACCACCAAGCCAGUGAACGGCGCCAUCUUCAUCUUCAACCCGCGCACAGGACAGCUGUUCCUGAAGAUCAUUCACACCUCGGUGUGGGCGGGUCAGAAGCGCUUGUCACAGCUGGCCAAGUGGAAAACCGCCGAGGAGGUGGCGGCCUUGAUUCGAUCCUUGCCGGUGGAAGAGCAGCCCAAGCAGAUCAUCGUGACGCGAAAGGGCAUGUUGGACCCCUUGGAGGUGCAUUUGUUGGAUUUCCCCAACAUCGUCAUCAAGGGCUCCGAGUUGUCUCUGCCAUUCCAGGCCUGCAUGAAGAUCGAGAAAUUUGGCGAUCUUAUCUUGAAGGCGACCCAGCCUGAAAUGGUGCUCUUCAACCUCUACGACGAUUGGCUGAAGUCGAUCUCCUCCUAUACCGCCUUCAGUCGAAUGAUCCUGAUCCUCCGUGCGUUGCAUGUGAACCCGGACCGGACCAAGGUGAUCCUGAAGCCGGAUAAGACCACGGUGACGCAGCCGCACCACGUCUGGCCCAGCCUGACGGAUGAUGAGUGGAUCCACGUGGAGGUGCAGCUGAAGGAUCUGAUCCUGGCAGACUACGGCAAGAAGAACAACGUGAACGUGGCGUCCCUGACGCAGAGUGAGAUUCGCGACAUCAUCCUGGGAAUGGAGAUUGCACCACCCUCCAUUCAACGUCAGCAGAUUGCCGACUUGGAAAAGCAGGGCAAGGAGAUGUCACAGAUCACCACGAUCACCUCGAAGACCACCAACGUCCAUGGUGAAGAGAUGAUCGUCACCACAGGCUCGCCCUACGAACAGCAGACCUUUGCCUCGCGCACGGAGUGGCGAGUGCGGGCCAUCAGCGCGUCGUCGCUGCACCUGCGAACCAAUCACCUGUAUGUGAACAGUGAGGACAUUCGGGAGACGGGCUACACGUACGUCAUGCCCAAGAACAUCCUGAAGACCUUCAUUUGCAUCAGUGAUUUGCGCACGCAGAUUGCAGCCUACCUCUAUGGUAUUUCGCCACCGGACAACCCUCAGGUGAAGGAGAUUCGGUGCAUGGUGAUGGUACCACAGGUGGGUACACACAGCAAUGUGACGCUGCCCCAGCAGCUCCCAGAUCAUGACCACUUGAGGGACUUGGAACCUCUCGGCUGGAUCCACACGCAACCCCAGGAGCAACCACAUCUGAGUCCUCAGGACGUGACGUUCCACGCGAGGAUGUUGGCGGAUAACAAGACCUGGCUUGCAGAUCAGACCAUCAUCAUCACCUGCAGCUUCACACCAGGCAGCUGCUCCCUGACGGCCUAUCGUAUCACGCCCCAGGGAUUCCAAUGGGGAAAGUCCAACAAGGACACAGGUCCCAACCCUGCUGGUUUCCUGCCCACUCACGCGGAAAAGGUGCAGAUGCUCCUGAGUGAUAUUUUCCUGGGCUUCUUCAUGGUGCCGGACAAUGGCCUUUGGAACUACAACUUCAUGGGUCAGAAGCACAACCCCACUAUGAAGUACAGCCUUUGCGUGGAGAACCCCCGUGAGUACUACCACGAGUGUCACAGGCCAGCGCAUUUCCUGAACUUCACUCAGCAAGAGGAAGGCGGCGCAGAGGGUGCUGACCAUGAGGAUCACUUUGUGUGAGUGUAAGUCAGCGUCGAUUGAGCCGAGCCGCAGGGUCCAUGUCUUUAACC